GUUUUAGCAUCGGCUAGGGAGACAAUGGGAUUGGGGAGGACGUUUUAGCAGACAGGUAAACUGCUGGAGCUCUACGUUAGAAUCUCAACCGAGUUACUUGCUACACGUGAUUUUCUCAGUAUUUCCAAAGAAAUUUAUAAAUAACUUACCUUCCCGUUGGCCACGAUAGAGUCUUAACAAAUCCGUACCUACUGAAGAUUCAUUUUAUUGUACGCUGUAAAACCUAUGUAAUCGAAACGACGUCAUUAAAUGAUAUAAUGGCAAGUAGAAUUUAUAGAGGGCGUUUUUAAAAAUCAGUUCGUAAAAAUGUAAUUUUAUUGAUUUAUAUUUGGUUAUGUUCAAUUGAGCGUUUAGGUUAAAUAUUAUCAUUUCAGUCAGAUAGUUCAAAAUGUGUUAUGUCCUUGUGGUACUCCAGAUAUUUCGAUGGUUUAACCUGCAAAUGCAUCCGUUGUGGUCUCUAUGACCCUGUUAAAGUUCUCGUUGUUUUCAUAAAAUUUAGCGCUUGUGUCUACAACAGAAUUCAUAUAAUGUUAUUCUGCGUUCCAGCGAAUUUGGCCGCUGAACUUUGUGAAUUGGAAUCUCGGAGAGAGUCACUUACCAGAAGUUUGCUGGAAGGGAUGGCAGCAGGCCGCCUACACAACACUCCAAAUAAAAUAUCUAAACGGCAACAGAAGCACUGGUAAAAUUUGGCCAUUGCUAUUUGUUAGUACCACAGGAAUUACACAGAAUGCCUAUAAAAGAUCCAAAUGUCAGAGAGUUUUCCAGACAGGUUCCACACCCAGAGGACUGAUCUCUCACACUGCUACCAUCACCUGUUAUGGUUUUCAUCGUUUCUCAGAAUUCAGCUUUAGUGAAAUUUACUAAAAUGCCUGAAUAUUUCAUCUUUCAGGUGGUCUGCUAAUGGCCUAUCAUUUUAAUGACAAUGUUUAUACCAAAUCAUUUACACCGCGGGACUAUCAAGUUGAGCUGCUGGAUGCUGCAAAAGAACAUAACAUCAUUGUUUGUCUUGGCACAAGCUCUAGUAAAAUCUUCAUAGCUACCAAGCUUAUUCAAGAAUUGGCCAAUGCUGUACGCAGGCCAUUCCAACAUGGUGGCAAAAGAACUUUGUACUUGGUGGACACAGUGGCUGUGGUGGCGCAGCAGGCAUCGUACAUUCGUCAUCUGACAGAUCUGUCUGUUGGAGAAUACACGUCUAGUGAUGAAGUUGACAUGUUUGACACUGAAGACUGGGAACAGGAGUUUCAAGAAAAUCAGGUUUUAGUAAUGACAAGUCAGAUAUGCUUGGAGAUCAUGAAGUGUGGGUUUAUGCAGAUGAACUUCCUCAAUUUAAUCAUAUUGGAUGAAUGUCAUAGAGCUCUUAGAGAACAUCCAAUGAGAGAGAUUAUGAAAGAGUUUGUGACUUGUUAUGAACGACCCCGAAUCCUGGGCCUGACAGCUCCUCUGUUGAACAGCACAUGUGAUCCAGGAAGACUAGAAGCGGAGAUCAACCGAUUGGAAAUGGUAUUGCAUAGUACGGCUGAGACGGCAAGUGACAUUGUGUCUGUUCUCAGAUAUUGCACCAAACCCAAAGAAUUGGUAGUUGAAUGCAGUUUGCCCACACCAGGACCUUUGGAUGAGGUCUUAGAACUUCAUAUUAAAUCUGCAGUGACCUUCAUAUCUGAUCACCGUUAUGACCCAUCUGAAGUGUAUGAAGAUGAAUUUCAAGAGGAACUAAAGGGCAUUCCAGACCCCAAGAUUGAUCCACAGAAAAUUUUUAAUGACUUCUUAGAUGUACUUCACACAUUAGGUCCUUGGUGUGCUGAUCGGGCAGCUUUGGUUUUGCUGAUCCAACUUGAGAAGUUGAAAGUAAAGACACCGUACGAACGGCACUUCCUUUUGCUGUGCAUGGUAUCUACGGUUAUGGUAAAAAUUAGGUCAAUUUGUGAUUACAUUUUUCAAAAAUACGAUGAAAAGGAGAGAAUCUACAAAUUCUCAACACCGAAAGUUUUACGGCUUUUGGAGGUGCUGCGUCAGUUCAAGCCAGAAAAGUUACCUGAUAAAAAGCAGGAAGAAUGUGAAACAAAUGCAUUACUUGAAACUGAAGGUUUGAAGUUGGACGUUGAAAGAAUCGGUAAUUGCGCGAGUGGGAGUACAGAUGUGGCAAAAGAGGAAGAUGAUAUUCCUAGUAAUACCAAAGUACUGUUAGCCAAAGAAAUUGAAAGUGUGGGGUGUGUCGAGGGAAGUCAAGAUGAUUUAUCACCGAAUUUAUGCAAUAGUUUCAUUUCCGAGAAGACAUUUUGUUGUGGUUGUGAAAAACAAAGAGGACUCGUCAAUAAUAUUGGGGACAUAGUACAAGAAGCAGACGGUGUUCUUAUAUGUCCUAAUGACGUUAAAAUGUCAUACAAGUCAGAAGUAUUACAUGAGAAUGUGGAAUGUGUGAAUGGUGAGACGUGCUGUCAUUUGGUUACUUGUUUGCAUGAAAGUAAUAACAUUGAAGUUUUAACUGUGGAUUAUGUUCAAAAUAAAUUGUGUUCUAAUUCGGAAAAUGAGGUUAACAUUGCUAAAGUUGUGCCAUCACUUGAAAAGUGUACUAGUUGCGUAAGUGUGUUAAGUGAAAUGAAGGCCGCUCAGUGUGCAAAUAUUCCGUUGUUGUGCAAAGAACUGGACUCAAAUAAAAACUCUAAAAUGUCUGUGAUAGAGGGUUCGAUUUCAAACCAUAGCAGUGAUGGUUCUCAGUCUAUAAAUGAUUGUGAUAAAAUAAAAACAAGUAAAACUGAAACUGGAAUUAGCAAAAAAUUCUCAGUGAAAAGUGAUGGAGGAAGGAGUAUACCCACUACCCCUUCAAAGUGUCGUACAGACCUUUAUCCGAGAAACAGAGGCUCGAGGUUCUCUCGGAGAGGUUACCAAAAGGAAGAUGGAAGCGGACCUGUUAGAGGAGGCAGAAAUGAUACCGCAGGGCGUCAGUUCCGCAAUAUGCAACAGGAUGAUUUGGAUGCCUUAUGUGGAAUUGUUUUUGUGGAACAGCGAUUUACAGCCAAAAUUUUGUACCAUCUUUUGAAUGAUUUAAGACGAUUUGAUGAAGACUUCUCAUUCUUGAUGGCCCAAUAUACGGUUGACAAAGUUGCUGAUCCCGUGACAGAUCCACGUGAAGCUGAAGCUGAACAUCGUAAACAGGAAGAAGUGCUUAAGAGGUUUCGUAUGCGAGAGUGUAACCUGUUGGUGGGCACUUCAGUGUUGGAAGAAGGAAUUGAUAUUCCUAAAUGUAAUCUGGUUAUUCACUUCAAUGUACCAAAAGUUUACCGAUCCUACGUGCAAUCAAAGGGUCGUGCUCGGGCUCAGGAUGCUUACUUAAUCUUGAUGAUAGAAGAGGAUAGAACUCAGCACUUCAUAAAUGAAUUGGCACAGUACUUUGAAAUAGAACAGAUGCUGCUAAGGAAAUGUGCAAACCGGGAGCCAUCAGAAGAAGAGGAAUUAGAAGCAGACAAAUUUACUGAUCUUGUAGAAGCAUAUUGUCCAGGUGACAGUCCAAACAGUCCUUCUGUGAAUAUGGCAACAGCUAUAGCCCUUGUCAAUAGGUACUGUGCCAAGCUUCCAAGUGACACCUUCACACGUCUCACACCAUUGUGGACUGUUGAAGUCAUCACUGAUAAUGGUCAGAUAUCAUACGUGUGUACUGUACGGCUGCCUAUCAAUUCCCCUGUUAAGCAUGACAUCGUGGGACUGCCCAUGCCCAGCAAGGUUUUGGCUAGAAGAAUUGCAGCAUUAGAGACAUGUAAAGUACUCCACCAGGCUCAGGAACUGGAUGACAAUCUAAUGCCUGUUGGCAAGGAAAGCUUCCGUGUCCACGAGGAGGAGAUGACUCUUGCCCUAGAAGAGCUAGAUGAGAUGAUACCAAGGGACUCCUCUGAACCUCGACCUGGUACCACUAAGAGAAGGCAGUACUACUACAAACGGAUUGCAGAUUCUCUAACGGAUUGUCGACCAGUCCCAGGACAGCCUGCAUAUUUGUACCAUAUCAGCAUGGUGCUCACUUGUCCUCUUCCUGAAGAGCAAAAUACAAGAGGCAGAAAAAUUUAUCCUCCUGAGGAUUCACCCCAAGGCUUUGGAAUCCUUACACUCAAGCAAAUUCCUACGAUAUGCCCCUUCCCAAUCUUCACUCGUUCUGGAGAAGUGAGUGUGAAAUUGGAAUUAUCAGAAUCAGGCGUAGUCUUCACACCUGAUAGACUGGAGAAAAUUGUCACCUUCCUCAAUUACACUUUUACCAAUGUUUUGCGGUUACAGAAGUAUCUCAUGAUGUUUGAUCCUCAAGCUUCAGAAAACUCAUACUUCAUAGUACCAACCAGGAAAUUUAAAGGGAGCAUAGCAGAAGUAGACUGGGACUUUCUUGAUAGCAUAUAUGAAAAUCGAGACCUUCGACCUCGUCCAAUACCAGAAAAUGAAAGAACAAAUUUUAUAUUUGAGGCAGAAAAAUAUCAUGAUGCUGUUAUCAUGCCUUGGUACCGCAAUCAGGAUCAGCCACAAUACUUCUAUGUUGCUGAAAUCUGUGGACAUUUAAAUCCCAAAUCUUCGUUUCCUGGGUCUGAGUAUAAAACUUUCGAUGAGUAUUACUUCAAAAAAUAUGGUAUCCAGAUUCAAAAUAGCAAGCAGCCUCUCCUAGAUGUGGAUCACACUUCAGCAAGGUUAAAUUUCCUCACACCAAGAUAUGUAAAUCGCAAGGGCGUAGCUCUUCCAACAAGCAGUGAGGAAACGAAGCGUGCGAAACGUGAGAACUUGGAGCAGAAACAAAUACUGGUGCCAGAGUUGUGUACUCUACAUCUGUUUCCAGCUUCAUUGUGGCGCAAAGCUGUAUGUCUUCCAUGCAUUUUGUACCGCAUAAAUGCACUGCUGCUGGCAGAUGAAAUUCGACGAGAAGUUGCUUCCUGUAUUGCUCUUGGACAUGAAAACCUCAGCUCAAGUUUCGAAUGGCCACCAUUGGAUUUUGGUUGGAGUCUUGCAGAUGUUCUGAAAAAGUCCAAAGAAAAUGCUAAGAAUGCUGAACUGAAGGAAGAUAAGAAGCCAGGUGAAGAUAAAGCAGAACUUCAGAGCACUGAAGAAAAGGAAGAGGAAUCUGAGUUAAAAGAGAAGUCUGUUAAUGAAAUCUUGACAGAGGAAGAAAAGAAACUUCGUGGUGAUUGGAUGGAAAUUGGAACCUGGUCAAAUGAUAUGGCAAAUCAUGAUCCUAUGUCGUUUUCAGAGUUGUCAGAUGCAGAUGAUUUUGAUAUGAACGUAGCAUUACCAUCAAAUCUAACAAUGGUGGAUGAGGAUGCAGAAUUGGCUGGUCUCCAUUCUGGGGGAAGUGACUGGGGGACCGGCAUUCAAGCACGCAAACGCCGUGAGCGUGUUCGUUAUGGCUCUCCAAGCAGUUGGAUGGGUAGUGGAAGGUACUUUGGUGGCCUAGAACAAGAUUUAGAUGGCUUUGAAACAGAUGACUCAUGCAGUGAACCUGGCAAUGAGUAUGAUAUAUCUGACAGCAGUGAUUUUCAGGGUGCAUCAGGACUUCGAAUUGAGUUUAAAAGUGAAAAUGUAGCAGAAGCAAUCGAGGAUGAGCAUGAGGUACAGAAGCGUGAGAGGAGGCGUGCUAUCAUUCGUCAAAACUCGGACAUAUCUGGGACUGAAGAUAAGAUUCCAUGGGACUGGGAAAAUUACAGUGAUGAUAACCUUGAUAAACUUACUGAAAGAUUUGUUUGCCAGUUUCAGAAAGCCACUGAGAAAAACCGUCACUUUAUUGAAAAUAGCGGAACGCUUGUGAAAAGUAACCAAGCAUUAGUGAUGACCAGAAAAGGUUGUCAGCAAAUGCCUCUAAAUCAAAAUUCUCCAAGUACUACAUGUAUGAUCAGAUCUGAAUCUAAUUAUUGUACAGUGAAGAAUCAGUUAGCGUUUCAUGAACUAAAUUUACCAUUUAGUCGGCAUAUUAAAAUCCAGAGUUCUGCAGUAAAAUCUGCCCUUUUACCUUCACCAGAAAGACUAGACAAUAAUGAUAGUGGUCUAUCAGAAGAUGGUAGUUCUGAAGAAGUGGAAGUAGUAGCAGAUGAAGUAUGCAAUAGACAAUUUGAAGCUGAUAUUUGCCAGGAGAGUGACCCUGAUAAAGACAUCAUCAGUAAAUUCAGUUUUGACGCCCAGCCAGAUUUGCAUGGACAUCCAGGACCAAGUCCUAGUGUAAUUCUUCAGGCACUUACCAUGUCAAAUGCGAAUGAUGGGAUCAACCUGGAACGUCUUGAGACUAUCGGAGACUCGUUUCUUAAGUAUGCCAUCACUACCUACCUCUACUGCACUUAUGACAACAUUCAUGAGGGUAAACUCAGCCACCUCCGUUCAAAACAGGUCAGCAACCUGAACUUGUACCGAUUGGGGCGCCGGAAAGUUUUUGGUGAAAGUAUGAUUGCUACAAAGUUUGAACCCCAUGACAAUUGGUUGCCACCUUGUUACUACGUACCUCGAGAAUUGGAACAAGCUUUAAUUGAAGCAGGAGUUCCUGCCAGCCAUUGGAAUCAAGCAGACCUGCCUGCUCUGAGGGAUUUGUCGCGUGAUGAGAUCUGUAAACUUGUGCAUGAACGAAGUGAGAAACUACACAAGAUGAGCAGUGGAGAAGAUGGGGUAGCUGAGGACAUGCUGACAUCUGGCCCAUACACCAACAUUGAAAAUCUUCCCUGUUUUAUCCCUUAUAAUCUUAUUACCCAACAUAGCAUUCCUGAUAAAAGUGUAGCUGACUGUGUUGAGGCAAUGAUAGGAGCAUACCUUAUAGCUUGUGGGCCACGUGGCGCACUUUUGUUCAUGGCUUGGUUAGGAAUCUGUGUUUUACCGAAGAAAGAAGUUAUAUAUACUGUUUCAUGUUCUGAUACUGAGGAAUCAAGAUCAGUGGGAAGUUUGUUGCCGGAAAUAGUCAACGGGGAUGACGGCUCUUUAACUUUGGUGCAAAAGAAACAGAUAAGGUAUGGAACACUAAAAGCACCCAAGUCUCCCUUAUUGAGGAAUAUAAAUAGCCCAGAGACUGAGCUGAAGAGGCUGUUGGAUGGCUAUGAAGUGUUUGAACAUCGAAUUGGUUACAAGUUCAGAGAUCAAAGCUACUUGCUACAGUCUCUUACACAUGCAUCUUAUUCACCUAAUAGACUCACUGACUGCUAUCAACGAUUGGAGUUCCUUGGUGAUGCUGUGCUAGAUUACCUUAUUACACGCCAUCUGUAUGAAGAUUCUCGUCAGCACUCUCCUGGUGCUCUCACUGAUCUUCGUUCAGCUCUUGUCAACAACACAAUAUUUGCUUCCCUUGCUGUUCGUUAUGGAUUCCAUAAAUAUUUCCGACAUUUGUCACCUGGACUUAAUGAAGUGGUAGAUCGUUUUGUACGCAUACAGGAAGAAAAUGGCCAUACUAUCAGUGAAGAGUAUUACCUUAUUGAGGAGGAAGAAUGUGAGGAAGCUGAGGACGUGGAGGUUCCGAAAGCUCUUGGCGAUGUGUUUGAGUCAGUUGCUGGCGCUAUCUUUCUGGAUAGUGGAAUGUCUCUUGAUGCUGUCUGGAGAGUGUACUACCAAAUGAUGAAGACAGAAAUAGAGCAAUUCAGCACUAAUGUACCAAAAUCUCCUAUUCGUGAAUUGCUUGAACUGGAACCUGAAACUGCAAAAUUUGGGAAACCAGAAAAGUUGGCUGAUGGUCGGCGUGUGCGUGUAACAGUAGAGGUGUUUGGGAAAGGUACGUUCAAAGGAAUUGGGCGUAAUUACCGCAUUGCUAAGUGCACUGCUGCCAAAUGUGCCCUGAAGCAACUGAAGAAAAAGGGCCUCCUUUCCAGAAAAAUGUGACAAUUAUAGGACUAUGUAAGUGAAAACCCUACUGACUAAUUAACUCCAUAGAUUAUAGGUCUUCUUGAAGAAGCUAAAUGUCUGUCAGCUAGUCAAAAAAUUCCCUGUCAUUUAUGGAAGAUUUAUAAGUAAAUCUGUAGAAACACUUAUUAUAAUUGUGAGUUAGUGCCAGUGCAAUAAUUCUGUUUUGUAAUGUUUUUGGUACAUAGAAACCUUUAGGUAUUAUAAUCCAAACUGUUUUAACGUGAUGAUAUACUAUGUAUUUUUUGUCUCCAAUAACAUGUUUCGGAAAAGGUGCUUGCUAGUGAUGUUCAAAUUAAUUUUAAUUAAAAUUAUUAUGUUAUAAUUAACUGUCAAAUAUGUAUGGUAAUUGUUUUUAGACCACACUUGUGCAUUUAAUACCAAUUAUGUUGUUGUGUUCUGAUGGUUGCAUUAUACAUACUUGUAUGUUUGUCUCUUGAUUCUUUUAAUUUAAUUUUUUGACUAUGGUUGUAAUAUCAAAUAUGAAGUUUUCAGUCUAUCAUGUGCAGUAAAGAACUUACUAGCAUAACACAGAUAUUCUUAAAUGAUACAGGAACUUGCAGUGAUGUCUUCUGGGGCCAUGUGAAAAUGGCAUUGUAAUCAAAUUUCAAAGCCUCCAUCAUCAUCAUCAACCCUGAUCAUGGAGGCAGAGAUAGUCUCUGAAACAUUAUAUUACAUUGCCAUUCUCACACAACUGAUUGUCCAAGAAGACUUCACUGUGUUCAGUCACCAUGAAAGCUUCAAUUUUACAGACAGGAGGAUUGAUUGACAAUAAGAAAUGUUUUUAUGUCUCUAAGUUAAAAGAACCAAGAUUGUGAAGGAAUUUGAUAAUUGUUUUAAAUGUUUCAGUGUAUACUCGCAUGGAGAUGACUGUCUUCUGGGAUGUUGCACUGUGUAGUUUGGUAGAUGCUUACUGAUGUAUCAUCACCCGGAUGGUGGAGGCAGCAAGCACCUCUGCAACUUGUGUAAACGUCUAUCAACCUGCAUGGCUCAACAUCCCUGAAGACAGUCAUUUUCAUAGUUGCCACCUUGAGAACCUGAAAUCUCAUUUACUCACAUUCUGUGAUCCUUUCCUUAUUUUUAGUGGUGUGUUUUUACAUUAAUGUCUUGUGUUUAUGUAAGAUUCGCCUAACAUUUGUCAUAUUCUGUCUUCCAGAUUAUACAGAAUAAGCACAAAAGAACCUUACAUUUUCAAAUGAUACCCAAAACAAAUGCAGAAUACUGUGAACUUCGCACCUACACCAGUGUGUAGAAAAACUCGCAUACUUUGGUACGCACUUCAGAGAGACUCGGUAUGUGCCUUGCAAGUGAGACAGUAAUCCAACUGAUCCAUACUUUGUGCAGUGUCCCUAGUGAUGGAAACUAUGGCAGACGUGUUUCAAAUUUCAAGUUCUUUUGUGCUCAUCCUGUAUCACUGAAUGAACAUAAAAUCUCUGACUUAUCCAUGGGAAUAACAGUACAUAUGCACUGAAACCACAUUAGUGAAUGUUGUAUAAAAGUAUAAGUGAGCAACUUGAAGGCUGCCUAUAUUUUGUUUAAAUUAUUUGUUGCUUUCAUAAAGCAGCAUUGUCUAUAAGCUCUUCAACACAGUAGAUGUAUAUUUAAAAUAUAAAGAAAGGUUCUUAGUCAUUACUUACACAUUUUCAUGAGGACUGCGUUAUCUCAAUUUUGAUUACUCAGUUCUCUCAGUACGGCAGUUAUGGGCAAUUUUAUUAAAAUGGUUAUUCAAGUAAGUGAGGUGUUACAUUUAUUCAAAAUAGAACUUCUUUGUUUAUUACUUGUCAUUGUAAAUUAAUUUUACUCAUAAAUGCAUAGACAUUUUCACUGACAUGGCAGUCAGCAAUGACUGCCGCAAAGACUCUUUGCUUGCUCCAUGUUGUUUUGGUGUAUUUCUAUGCCAGCAACAAGGUCAUAAUGAAAGGGAGUUUAUCCACCCACUGUGACUUGUGGGUACCAUUACACAUGUCUGGUUCAGUGAUAAUGAUAUGUAAUUUUGCAUUUAUGAAGUUGCUUAUAGCAAUUGUAAGUAUGAAUUAGGAAUUAACAUUUUUUUAAUUAGCUCUGUUUUAGGCAAAAAUUCCUUCAGUAUUGCUUCUGUUUGAGCGUAGUCUAAAGGUCAUGAUCUUAUCUCUCAAAAAAUAUAUGUGUUGCCAAUUACGUAAUUCUUUUGUCAGUUAUAUAAAAUCGCUACUUUCAACUAAUGCAUAUUCACCACUUUUUAUGCAGCUAUUAUUGUUUUAUAACAUAUUGAAAGCUAAAUAUUACAUUUUGAAUCAAUUUGUGCUACUUGUCUUAUGUAGUUUGUAUCAAUUUUGUUACAGUGACUCUUAUUGUAAUAUUAUUCACUAUUUUUAUUUUUAAAUGUUUGCAGAUAUGUUUCCCAUAAAAAAAGUAUCUGUAAUUUAUGUGACUUCUGGGAAUCAUCUUCAGUUGCUAUGGGGAAGAUUUUAAACCUGGAAGCAGAAAAUUAGUUAGUCUCAGUGGUAGUAGCAGUUACUGUUGGUGGUGGUGUUGUAACAAUGGCUUUGAAAGUACCUCAUUGCUCUCUUUGCUGACUCUGUUUGUAGAGUCUGCCACUAACAGUAAAUAUCUGUUUGUGUAUGCAAAGUUCUUUGUUCCUCAACACAAGUUGUGUUCAGUGUAGUGUCCUUUGUUGAAAAGAAGAAUUAUUAACAGUAGUGUUCUUAAUAAGGGACAGAUUUGUUGCAAGAAAAUGUGACAGUGAAAAGUGUGAAAAUAAUAUUAACCAAAAACAAAGUAUGUUCAGGACUAGGCCAAGUUAAGAUUUCUAGUAAUUGGUUUACUUAUAUUAUAAGUUUUUGUUGGAUACUAUAAUUCUAGUGUGCUGAAAGAAAAUGAAUAUCCCAAGUGUGCCAUAAGCACCAAAAGGUUGAGAACCACUGGUAUACAUUAUUAAAGCACUCCGUACAGUAAUGAGAA